GCGAUAGAGGUGUCAGCUUUUCGACUGGAACCGCAGGACUCUGGGUCAUACUUGGUCGUAGACGGUGAAAUUGUGAGGUCACAGAAAAUUCAGGCCGUUACAACCACUUUGAAAAUGACAGUUUUUGCACCCAAACGCGGUUGCCUCGAGAGUUAA